CCUCUCUCUGUUCCUUUCCUGCUUUCGGACCAAAUGCGUGGGGACACGGUGCCACUGCUACCUAAUGUUGUUUUGUGGGUGGACGCCGGAGAAAGUGUGGACUGACUGCUGCAGUUUCCCUGCGAGCUCUGGCUCACCCCGCUGAAACGAGCUUCGGCGGUAUGGAGGAGGAGAAGAAGAAGGCGAGGAGGAGGAGGGAGCGCGGAGAGGAGACAGACUGCCAGCUGCAAACAAUCACCUGGGACCCUCAGACGGACUUGGAGUUGAUGGAAACAACCUGCGCUGGUUUGGAGGCGGACCGCGGCGGCAAAGCGCCACUGUGUGCUUUUCUUUCCACGCUUGAAGUAAAUUGGAAGCGAAGAUUGAGUUCAUCUAGCCUGAACUAGCGGCCCUCCGGAGGGAAUAUCUUAUCCGGGAGAGCAGUCUCAGACGAUGGGGUUUGAAACGAGCAGUGUCAGGAGGACUGCGCCCAGACUCCUAAUCCUACCUGUCACUGAGAGAGCAGCUGCACGGGAGCUGCCACUGCCGGGGAAAAGGGCUACAGGUGACGGUGCUGUGAAUGUGACUCAGACGUGUCCAAUAAUAUUCCUUCUGUGGUGUGGCUUCAUUUAUUAUUUUUCCCUUUUUUUUGCUCCCUUAGUUUAAGUAAAAGCUCAGAUUACAUCUUCUUUUUAAAGACAUGGAUGCUUUUCAUGGUACCUACAUGCAUCUUUAUAGGGCCAAUCAAUCCCAUCACCAAAUAAUAAAAAUGAAGAAAAAUGCGUUUACUUCCAUUAAAUUGACUGAUGUCGCCAUCCCACCUGCUGAUAUUCUAUAAAAGUUAAUUUUUGCAUUGCAUUUGGUCACAGACGUGGGUGCUGAAGAAACAACACUGCAGUCUGGACCAUCCAUAGGGAAAUCUGCGUGGACAGCAGACACGCUUUCUUUUUUAUUGCUUCAUGGAUUAUUUCUAAAGUAAAAUGUCAUGUAGCUGAACUCUAAUUUUCCUGGCUACACGGGUCCCUUCUCCUCCUCUCCUAAAGGAGCCCUGCUUGCCCGGGGACCCUCCGGAAGCCACUGCAGUGAGCUAUUUAUGGUCUCCACGGGAGCGAGGCCCCGCCUCUCCAGAGACUUUGUCAUAUAGCAUGUAAGACUCCCCUGCUCCUCUCCUUUCUCCUUCUUCCUUGUACACCUACUGAGGAUGCUUUCCGCCUUCGGGGGGCCUCCUCUUCCUGCUCUCCUAUUGGCUCCCGGUCAGCCUCUGCCGCGGUGACGUCAGGCCCCGCCGCCCCUGCAGCGCUGAAUGGACCAAGCAGCCUGUCUGAUCCACUCCAAAACAGCUCAACACGGCACGGCACAGCACGGACACCAUCCCGGGAAAAGGGAAAUAACAGGAAUAGAGGCUAGACGGGACAGCGACAGAGAUCAGCCUCCAAACCGCAGAAAGGCCCAACAACAUCAGCAUCAUUGUUUGUUUUCUCCACGAGACAGGACGGGGGAGUGCGCCCACCGUUUUGCGGGUGUAUGUGCGUGCGCUUGUCUCCCGGUUUGGAUCACGAUGAUGCAAAGUGCGGCGGUCCUACCGACAGAGAGUCCUGUGAAGAGUUUACCGGAGAUUCUCGGAGUGCCACUGCAGCAGAUCCCUCAGUGUGCAGGCUGUAGUCAGCACAUCCUGGACAAGUUCAUCCUGAAGGUGCUGGACAGACACUGGCACUCCAAGUGCCUCAAGUGCGCCGACUGCCAGACACCGCUGGCGGACAAAUGUUUCUCCCGGGCAGGAAGCGUCUACUGCAAGGAGGACUUCUUCAAACGUUUUGGAACAAAAUGUGCAUCGUGUCAGCAGGGCAUCCCGCCGACACAGGUUGUGCGGAAGGCGCAGGACUUUGUUUAUCACCUGCACUGCUUCGCCUGCAUCAUGUGCAGCAGACAGCUGGCCACCGGGGACGAGUUUUACCUCAUGGAAGACGGGAGGCUGGUGUGCAAGGUGGAUUACGAGGCCGCCAAACAAAAUGAUGAUUCAGAGGCAGGGACCAAGAGACCAAGGACCACCAUCACCGCCAAACAGCUGGAGACCCUCAAAAGUGCCUACAAAAACUCGCCGAAGCCUGCACGCCAUGUCAGAGAGCAGCUGUCAUCGGAGACGGGGUUAGACAUGAGAGUGGUGCAGGUUUGGUUUCAAAACCGGCGAGCGAAGGAAAAGCGUCUGAAGAAAGACGCAGGGCGGCAUCGCUGGACUCAGUUUUAUAAAAGUGUCAAACGCAGCCGAGGAGGAACCAAAGUGGAGAAGGAGAGCUCAGCUGACGACGCAGGACUCAGCGACAGCGAGCUGAGCUUCAGAGACGACCAGGUCCUGUCAGAUCUCGGCCACACCAACGGGCUUUAUGGGAGCGUCGGCGAUGUGACCAACACGCUGAAUGGGGGCUUCUCCGUCGACGCGGCAGGACAGCCCUACCACGACAUCCGAGCGGGAAGCCCUUACGGUCUCCCCCAGUCGCCCUCCUCCAUCGCCUCUCUGCCCGGCCACACUCCUCUCCUCAACAACCUGAGCUUCAACAUGGACAGCCUGGUGGCACAGGGGGGGCCGGGUGGUGUGGGACAGGCUCUGAGGGCCAUGGCAGGAGGCCCGACCUCAGAUCUCUCCACAGGGAGCAGUACGGGAUACCCUGACUUCCCCACUAGCCCCGCCUCAUGGCUGGACGAGAUGGACCAUUCCCAGUUUUGAGUCUCAGACAUGGUAAAAAAAAAAAGUACUGUGGGGAUACAUCAAAGUGGACUCAGAAGGCUUUUUACAUUUCUUUCUAUCGCUCUCCACGGUCCACAGCUGGUAUGUUUCGGGUGCGAUGUUGGGCGAAGAGGAGAAGGGAGAGUCCCGCAGCAGUCGUAGUUGGUGAGGUAGCCAUCGGGUUGAGAUAUGUAGUCUGAGCAGAAGCAGCGAAGAACGCCUCCACACUGAAUGCUCAGAGUCAACACUGUAUCAUACGAUCUUUUGUUACACUUUAUUUUGUUCGUUCACUCUCUGAAAGUGAGACCGGAUCUCAAAUAUAUCGGUGGAGUGAUGCUCACAGGGGAGAUCGGGAAACGUCUCAUCCCUUGAAAUAAACACACAACAUUAGGGCUACACAAUCCAGAUCCCUACGAAACCCAGGAGUCACCUGCAUGCUUCUCAUUCAUACUGAGUAGGACUGCCGUACGGCCACAUCACAUUGGCAAUGCACUUUACUCUCCUCGUCUCUCUCACGUAUGGACAGGAAUGUGGGGAGAGAAGGAGAGAAAAGGAGGAGAGACGUAUGCACAAGGCAAAAAACAGUGUUUCAUUGGGAGAGAAAUUUACAAAAAAAGAGUGGCACAAGUGUUAAUUUUGAACCACGCUGAUGCUUUUUUUGUUUUUAACAUAGUGCUCAAACUUACAAAUUAUUAGGAAAUAGAUGACUGUUGGUCUGCCCGUCCUUUCCUCUGUCCGUCUGUCUGUUCUUUAGAAGUUUAUGUCUCCCCUCUUUGAAUGAGGGCGAUCACUGUUUGCUACAAAGCAGAUCUCUCUUCUAUAUUUAUAGGUGCUUGACUUGUUCUCAUCUGUGUAAAAGCUGGUCUGGAAGCAGACGUCCGUCAGUAUUAAAUUAUCUCAGACACAGACUCACCAGGAAUAAAAAGCUUAUAUGUUUAAGGCAAAGUCAGGACAUGUAUAGGGUUUGGAAAUAUUCAGUUCUAACCGCUACACACGCCCCGCAUCUUAUCCAUUUGUAUGCACAUGCAGAUUCUUUUGCAGAUGUUGAAAAGCAAACAUAAAUUUGACACUAAAAAUGCUAACAAGCAGGAACACAGAUAAAAACUCUCUUGAGUUUCUUCAGUCUGAUCCAGGCUCCUCUUGGUAAUCUACUCAGUGCAGCUUUGCCUGCUAUCAACCUACUUACUGACCCCAGAUGUGUCGUCAGCCUGUUCUCCCACCGCUUGGCCUGCAUGUCAGAGGGAUUACCGAUAGUCCCCCACAUUCAGGGCUGAUGCUUUAGCGUCAGUGCUGGCAUGACUGCUGGGCCGAUGCGUUUCCCACAGCUGCAUCUUUAAAGCCCCACAACAACUGAAACAGUGGAACGAUUCGGUGUUUCUGAUUCUUGACCUGUUGAGCAUGCAGGAACCAUCAUUCAGAUUUGAUCUCUGCUUCUGUUUCUCCUCAAAAGAGAAAUCAAGUUUUAUUCAUGUGGGUACUUCUUUUGUUAAAAAAAAAAAAAACAAGGAAAAGAGAGGAAAAAAAACAAGUGUUAACCCUUUUUUUUAAUACCAGAAAGCAAAUAAAGAAAUACAAAGUGACACCAUUCAGAGAAACUUUAGAUUACAGCUCUAAAAUUACAGCGUAAUUAUUUGGUUGAUAAAACUAAAACUAUAUAAAAUGUAACACAGGGGUAACAUUUAGAUGUAUUAAAGUUAAUUAAAUUCCAAUACAACGAAGAAUAAAUUUAUUGCAGAAAAAACAAACAAAUUUAGGAAGAUCAGGGUAAAAGUGCUCAUAUUUGAUUAUUUCUGUUAUCACUUAAAAAUGACAGUUGGAAGCAACGUGGACAAAGUUUUGAAAGAAGAAUUAUGUACUGGAGAUCAAAACAUUAGUUUUACUGAGCUACUGUAAAAGAUUACAAUUGUUCAUUAUGUGACAGUCAAAAAAAGGGAUGCAGUCUAUAAUUCAUGUCUCCAUCAACCAUGAGUAAAAAUCUUUUACCCCCAGGAUCAGUGCACCAUAAUUACAGUGUAAUGUUUGAGCUUUUAUCCAAGUUUUACGGUAAAAUGAAAUAACAAACAUAUUACCACGACAGUUUCAUUCAGUCUGUGUUGCCUCCGAACUUUGCAUCUUAAUUGCUGUAAAUUUUGUACAGUUUGAAAACGUGUUGAUCGUCUUGUUUCAUGAGCGCUAUUUAUUAUUGCCAUGUGUCUUUGAAAAAGAUGUAAAAGAGAGCACUGAAUUUAUUCAUUUAUGCCUUCUGUGUAAUGGUAUGAACUGUGUACAGUCAAAUCUAUAUGAGGAAAAUAAAGCUGAAUUGUGUUUGGGUUACCCUCGGCUGCUUUCUUUUCGUACUCCGGGCCUGCAGUGAUGAAUGUGAGACUUAAGAUUUUCAGCUGGACUUUGUUUUUAAUAUAUCAAAAGAAAAAUAUGUGCUGUAGGUGUUUUUAUUAUUUUGCCUUAUUGAAACGCUCUUAGAGCGAGUUAACCCGCAAAUUCAUUUACCCAUUGAGAGCAUUUACCACACACUUAGGCCUCUAUUCAAUUGUGGGGAUCCA